UGAUCAGGUCACGUGAUCACACGCCCACACUUUUCAAACGCCAUGUUGCAGAUCUUUUCAGUUCAGUUUGAGUGAUUACCUCCCGCAGAUUCUUCAGUCCUAGAUUGAUACAGGACUGUCUCUGAGAUGACUGACACCAUGGAAGUUGAGAUGGAGACGGCUACUACAAAAGAAGCCAUCGAUGACGCGUCCAGUAAAGAGGAGCCAGAUGAAUCAGGGCCACACAAACCCAGGAGCAGGUUAUUUCCUGGGGAAAUCAUUGAAGGAAAACGAGAGAAGAAGACAGUCCAGAGACUUAAUAUGCAGAUGGGUAAACCAAAAGAAAAGCUGAAAGUUGAGAGUAUAGGCCAUGGGGACAAAUUGGGAGACAUUGCUCGUGUCAAUCACGCCAUCGGAAAGCUCAAAGCCCCACAGCUGAAACCGCUUCACAAGAUUCUGUAUGAUCGACCGGGAGCAGUAUCUUCCCUAAGGAAACACUUGAGAUUGUUCAAUGGAUUUCCAUUCGAAAUCGACAGUGACCCUUACAACAAGAAGAAGGAAAAAGUGCUGAAGCUCCCUAAAAUACAACUCAGGACUAUUUGUCAAAUUCUUGACCUUGAGAGAAGCGGGAAUCAAAGUGUUUUGGUUGAUCGGAUCAUGCAUUUUCUUAUAAACCCCACAAAUUCAGGCAAGCCAGUAAUCCUGAAAAAGAAAAAAAAGAAGAAAAUUAUGAAAGAUGCCAAACGAGAGAAGAAAAUUUCAUCUAAGAGCAAGCAGCAGCAGUUAGAAAGUGGAAAGUCGAAAGCUAUCGUUACUGAUUCCAGCAGCGAUGAAGCUGAUGAAGAAGAAAAUAAAAGUAAAAACGAGGACGGUGAAAAGUCAGACAGUCAAAAACACGACAGUGAUGAAAGCAUUUCUGAAGAAGAGGAGAACAUUGAUUCAGACGAAGGUUCAGAAGAUAAGGAUGAAGAGACCUCAAAGUCAAAUAAACCCAGUAGUAAAAAGAAACCCACCACCAAGAAGGCCAACGACUCUGACCAGGUUGUAUCAGAUGAAGAUGAUGACGAUGAUGAGUCUGCUGAAGGCACACCUCCAAAAAAGGUUAAAAAGAAACCAGUUACCCAGAAGAAAGUGAAGGCCAAGCCUAUUCCGAAAACAAAGAAAGCAGACAGCAGUAGCAACAGGAAAAGAAAUGCUGCAAGGAAGACCAAUAUGAAGAUUGAAAGCUCAGAUGAUGAUGAAGAUGAUGAACCACUAAUCAAGAUGAUUAAAAAGCCACCGAGCAAUGAACAGUUGAAGUCCGCUGUCAACGACCUCCUGAAAAAUGCAAACCUGGAGGAAGUGACAAUGAAGCAGAUUUGCCAACAGGUUUAUGACCUUUAUCCAGACUUUGAUCUGACAGCCAGGAAAGACUUUAUCAAGGAGACAGUGAAGAGUUUAAUAUCCUAACAGGAGGAGGCCAUUCUUUAUUUGAAGAACAGUGUGCAGAGUUACAGAAGAGUGUGUAUAGUCAUCCUAUUUUCAUAAAUACAUUUGUUCAUUAUUUUGUCUUUUUAUUAUAUUUUUUUGCAGAAUUAUCUAAUGUUUGUGCAUCCGUUUUGUAUAGCUUUAUAUUUGAGAAUACACCGCUAAUUUUGUAUAGUACAUGUACAUUUAUAUUGUACAUCACAUUUUACCCCCAAUAGAUUUUGAUGUACAUUUAUUUUUACUGUUAACGAAGCAUCUGACUUUGAUCUUAAAAAGUUUGAUUGCCAAUUUUGUAGUUGAUCGAUGUACAGGUAUUCUGUUUUCCCCAUUUUUGUUCAACAUGUGAUCUGUUGUGGGUUUUUUUAGGUUUUUUUUUUUUUUGUUUUUUUUUUUUUAGUUUACAUUUUUGUUAUUUAUUGCUUUUCUUAUUCUAGAAAUGGUGCAGGGAGAGAAAUCAAAUUUACACAAAUUUCCCUUGAUUAUAAAAGUUGGUGUGCAAAUUUAAAAUUUUUCGCUAUAGCUAAUUAGAAGCUUAUGACCAUUAAUUUAGAAUCAAGCAAAAUACAUGCUGAAAUCAUCACACAGUCAACAAUAACAUUUUGAGCUAUGUGAUGUCAUCUAUAAAUAAUUUCACAUUUGAAGGGGGAAAAACACCACAAGUGAGUGAUUUGUGAUUCAAAAUGGCUGCCAUUACAGCUUUCAGCUAUGUGAUGUACUUUUGUCUAUUAUUUGGACAACAGUAGGUCAUCUGGUUGAUAUUCAGUUGGUUGGAGGGAAGUUUAUGAUGAUUUCAGGAUAUGAUUGGCUUGCCUUAUCAUUUGCAUUUAAGUGUAAAUUUGAUUCCCAGACUCGUCCUUUAAAACUCUGUUUUAUUGUGUGAAUGAAUUGCAUAUGUUUUUGUUUGAUUUAUAUGUCUCUUAUUUUAUAUAUGUGUUUUGGAUAUAGUUCAAUGAUAUUAAGUAUUUUCCUCUGCAGAUUAUGUUUACAAUUCUUGUUUGACUUUCUGGUAUGAACAGGCAAAUAACUGCUCAAUUAACACGGCACAUCAGAGAUGGAAUGCUAGCAUGUAAAUAUCUUUUUUUUUUUUCUUUUUUUUUUCUCUCCUCUUUUUAAAAAAAAUAAUAAUAAUAAUAAUAAACUGGUUUUAUAUUUAACAGGACACAUUUUCAGUAGCAAACAAAUUAACAACCUACUGCCAUAUGUGAUUCAAAAUUACAUUCUUAAUUAAGGUAUGCGCUUCUUUACUAGGUAUGUGUAAAGAAUUGUCAUAAAUGAAACAAGGAAAUAAAAAGGUUUAUUUUUAUUUA